GACUCGCCGAUAUAAGCUCCUUGUUCCCCCCCCCUGGUGGUCGCGACACACGGCCUAUCGCCUCGGCUGCUCAUCCCUUCCGCACGGGUUUUCAAAUUCCGGCUCUGUCCUACCUCUCACCCCCCUCUCCCAAGAAAGCUUCACAUGCCGCCCCCGGCUUCUUCAGUGGAUUUCUCCAAUCUGCUAAAUCCGCAGAGCAAUCCGACUGAGUCUACUCCGUCCUCACCUGCCACCCCCGUGGAUAGCUCGAAGGGUCCUUCUACUCCGUCCAGCGCUCAGUCCACUUCCAGUAUGGCUUCAUCCGUCAGUCUCCUCCCUCCUCUGAUGAAGGGUAGCCGUCCUGCGACCGAAGAAGUGCGCCAAGAUCUCCCUCGGCCGUACAAGUGCCCGCUGUGUGAUCGUGCCUUCCACCGCCUGGAGCACCAAACGAGACAUAUUCGCACCCACACGGGCGAGAAACCCCACGCGUGCCAGUUCCCUGGCUGCACCAAGCGAUUCAGUCGCUCCGAUGAACUCACUCGCCACUCGCGAAUUCACAAUAACCCCAACUCGAGGCGCAGCAACAAGGCUCAGCAUCUCGCUGCGGCUGCCGCGGCUGCAGCUGGUCAGGAGAAUGCGAUGCCCAACAAUGCAGGGGCCCUGAUGCCCCCUCCCAGCAAGCCUAUGACUCGCUCUGCGCCCGUGUCGCAAGUCGGCUCUCCCGACAUUUCCCCUCCCCACUCUUUCUCCAACUAUGCCAACCACAUGCGCUCCAACUUGGGGCCUUAUGCCCGCAAUACCGAGCGGGCUUCUUCUGGCAUGGACAUCAAUCUCCUCGCCACAGCUGCCUCGCAGGUCGAGCGCGACGACCACUUCAGCUUCCAUGCCGGCCCUCGCAAUCACCACUUGUUCAGCAGUUCCCGCCACCACGGCAGCGGUCGUUUGCCUUCUCUCUCGGCUUACGCGAUCACGCAUAACAUGAGCCGGUCGCAUUCGCACGAAGAAGACGAUAGCUAUUCGCAUCGUGUGAAGCGUUCCAGGCCCAAUUCGCCCAACUCGACCGCUCCAUCCUCACCCACUUUUUCGCAUGACUCACUUUCACCUACUCCCGACCACACGCCUUUGGCUACCCCCGCCCACUCUCCGCGGCUGAGACCUUUGGGAUCGAGCGAUUUGCAUCUUCCCUCAAUCCGUCAUUUGUCGCUUCACCACACCCCCGCCUUGGCACCCAUGGAGCCACAACCGGAGGGUCCCAGUUACUACAGCCCUAGUCAAAGUCACGGUCCGAGCAUCACCGAUAUCAUGUCCAAACCCGAUGGCACACAGCGCAAGCUACCUGUUCCCCAGGUACCGAAAGUGGCAGUCCAGGAUAUGUUGAAUCCUGGCAGUGGGUUUUCAUCGGUCACCUCGUCCACCGCCAACUCAGUCGCGGGCGGUGAUCUGGCCGAUCGUGCCUUUUAAAUCGACCUUUGUGCCGAUACAUUUGGGUUUGUAAACUUGGAUUCCGACAAAAAGCAUUAUAUCUUCAUGCGUGCUACGACCAAAUAGACU